UUUUCUAAACUGCUGAUUGGCUGACACCAUAACGGAAGUAAAUAGUCUUCUGUAGUAGUCGGAAAUGCUUUGUAAUUUUAACAUUAACUUUAGUUUAAAACAACACAAAUAGAUACUGAGGAGCCACAUUACAAUCUUAGAUAUGAAGCGAGUGACGCUGUUUGUAAAUGGAACCUCGCACAAUGGAAAGGUAGUGGCAGUUUAUGGCACUCUGGCUGAUUUGCUGUCAGUUGCAAGCACAAAAUUUGGAAUCAAAGCUACCAACAUAUACAAUGGGAAAGGUGGUCUAAUUGAUGAUGUAGCUCUUGUCAGAGAUGAUGAUGUCCUCUAUGUAUCUGAAGGAGAUUUCUUUGUUGAUGCACCAAAUAAUUCAGAAGGUGCACAUGAGUUUCACUCAUGGACUCACACAGACUGGAUAACCCUAAAUGUAGGGGGGAGAAGAUUCACCACCACCCGAAGUACUUUGGUGAAAGAGCCAGAGAGCAUGUUGGCCCACAUGUUCAGAGACAAGGAUGUUUGGGGAAACAAACAAGACGAGCAAGGUGCAUAUCUCAUCGAUCGCAGUCCAGAUUACUUUGAACCCAUACUGAAUUACCUGAGACAUGGACAGAUCAUCAUUAAUGACGGCAUAAAUCUAUUGGGCGUGCUUGAAGAAGCCCGUUUCUUUGGAAUCGAACGGCUUGCUGAGCAACUUGAAGUUGUUAUUAAGAAUUCCCAGCCUCCCGAUGACCACUCGCCCAUCUCCAGAAAAGAAUUUGUGCGUUUCCUGCUUGCUACGCCAACUAAAUCGGAACUCCGUUGUCAGGGUCUAAAUUUCAGCGGGGCAGAUCUUUCACGGCUUGACCUGCGCUAUAUUAACUUUAAGAUGGCCAAUCUCAGUCACUGUAACCUCACGCAUGCCAACCUCUGUGGUACCAACCUGGAGAGGGCAGACCUUUCUAAUGCUAAUCUAGAUGGAGCCAAUUUACAGGGAGUAAAAAUGCUUUGCACCAAUGCAGAAGGGGCGUCACUUAAAGGCUGCAAUUUCGAAGAUCCUGCCGGGCUUAAAGCGAAUCUGGAGGGUGCAAAUCUGAAGGGUGUUGAUAUGGAGGGCAGUCAGAUGACCGGGAUAAACCUCCGUGUUGCCACGUUGAAAAAUGCCAAACUGAAGAAUUGUAACUUACGGGGUGCCACACUGGCAGGGACUGAUUUGGAGAACUGUGACCUCUCAGGCUGUGACCUUCAAGAGGCGAACCUUCGGGGCUCAAAUGUGAAAGGGGCGAUUUUUGAGGAGAUGUUGACCCCACUGCAUAUGUCUCAAAGCGUCAGAUAACCACAUACACUCACCGCUGUCUGUCUUCCGUGACCGUGAGACGAUGGUCUCUUCACAGAGCAGCUUUAAAAGAAAAAACUACCUACAAACCUGUCGAUUGUCAUGUGACCUUGAGCUUAUUGAUAUUCUCUGUUCAUGUGCCGUCUACUGUUGCCUCAAGAACAUUAUUUUGUCUAAUGCUUGAUAUGUAAACGUCCUUUAAAAUGUUUGGCUGCCAAAUACCCUUAAAAGGUCUUUUAUAAAGUGUUUUUCUGAAUGCAACUGCUGACUGUGGCUUUAUCAUGCGAUUAUAUAUUUGUUCAGAGCCUUUAUUUGUCACUGCUGGCCUGUGAACAGAUUUUUUUAUAUCUUUGCUUCUGUAUUUGAUACUGAUUGAGGAAUAUGUUCUUUUUUGUUACUAUAAUUUCUAUACAUUGUUAUAUAUUGUCAUUUCAUUUGAAAAAGUUUUGCUUAUUUCAGUGUAAUGCAACUUUCUGGACUGCGAUGCAUGGUAGUUUUUAAAAUCAGGAGGAUGUAGCUAUUACAUGACAUGUCAGUUUGACAGCUAUAUUCUGUAUUAGUCAAACCCUGCUGAAUUUCUGUCAUUUGUAUUAAGAUCAAAUAAAGUAUAACACUGGAGAUAAGAGAAA